AUGAAAAAUAUAUUUUCUGUUCUUCUGUUGCUAUAUGCUCGCAAUGUUUUUGGACAAUUGCCUUUAUUAUCUGACGUGAAGAGGAUUAUAGACAAACUGGGAAUCCCUCUUCAAAGCAACGAAUUCCAGACGACAGGAGAGAUUUUAAAUGAAUAUGACUUCAUCGUAGUAGGAUCCGGACCUGCUGGAUCAGCUAUAGCAAACAGGCUUUCGGAAGUAUACCAUUGGACUGUGCUGCUUCUCGAAGCUGGUGAGGAAGAAACAUUUUUCAGCGAGAUCCCCGCUUUCAAUGAAUACACUGUUUUAACAGCUAAUUCCAGAAACUAUGACGUGGAAAGGGAGCAUGACGCUUGUCUUGGACUAGUGGACGGUGCUUGCCACUGGGCUACUGGUAACGGUGUUGGGGGAGGUUCGAUAAUUAAUGGGAUGUUGUACACACGAGGGCAUCCCUCAGAUUACGAUGAAUGGGCGUAUGAAGGUAACAUUGGUUGGUCCUAUCAGGAUGUCUUGCCGUAUUUCUUAAAAGUGGAAAACAUGUCUAUUCCAGGUUUGGCAGAAUCGGAAUUUCAUUCUACAACAGGUCCUGUUCAUUUGCAAUACUCCUCUCAGUCUGAAAUAGGAAGAAGGUUUCUGGAAGCAGGUCAACAGUUAGGGUAUGAUCUUAUCGAUUACAAUAACCCAAAUACGAUGGUAGGAUUUUCUCAGGCACAGACAACCACAUGUGGUAACAGAAGACAUAGUGCUGUUUCAGCUUAUCUGCUCCCUUUAAAAUCCCGCCCCAAUGUGCAUAUAUUAAAAAAUGCGUACGUGACGGAAGUACAUACUGACGGUGAAACGAAUAGAGUAUGCGCUGUCAGUUUUUUGCAUAAUAACCAAAAAAGAAUAGUUUUAUCAAGAAAAGAAGUUAUUCUUUCAGCAGGGACAUUUGGCUCGCCAAAAAUUUUAAUGUUAUCAGGAAUUGGACCAGCUGGGCAUCUUCACGAAGUGGGUGUUGCGACCAUUGUCGAUCUUCCAGUUGGUGAAAAUCUUCAAGAGCAUUUAGCAACAGCGACUGUAACAUACCUCAUCAACACCACUGAUAGCGCAACAUUGCCUAAACAGAUCGCUACAAUCGAAAGCGAAUUUUCUCAAUGGUUGAAUGGGGCUAAUAAUUCAUUAGCAAAUAAUUUACCUGAAGCUUUGGGUUACGUUAAAACGAAAUAUGCCGGGCACAAAGCAGAUAUUGAGCUCAUAGGUGUUGCCAUGAGCGUAGCUGGUGAUGGAGGUGUGUUUUGGAAGAGGACAAGAAAUAUUUCUGAUGAAGUUUAUGACAAAACGUGGAAACCAAUAUUUUUCGCGGAGGGGUUCAAUAUUUUUCCGAUGAUGAUGUACCCACGAAGCAGAGGGACGGUAAGACUACGGAGCUCAGAUCCAAGGGACUCGAUAGUCAUUGAUGGUAAUUUUCAUUCAGAUCCUUUCGACGUUCAAGUAACGAUAGCAGGGAUCAGAGCCGCACAGGAAGUUGCGAGGACGAAAGCUUUCCAAGAAAUCGGCGCGACUUUAUAUACGAAUCCAGUUUACGGGUGUGAGUCGUACGAAUUCGAUUCUGACGAAUAUUGGGAGUGUGCCAUAAGAAGCGUCCCCUUUCAGCUUCAUCAUCAAUCGGGCACUUGCAAGAUGGGCUCGCACCCUUCGAAUUCCGUCGUGGACCAUAGAUUACGUGUACAUGGAUUGACUGGCCUCAGAGUCGCUGAUGCUUCAAUCAUGCCCAAGGUACCAGGAGUGCACACAAUGGCACCCUGCUACAUGAUAGGAGAGAAAGCUGCUGAUAUGAUCAAGGAAGACUGGAGUGUUUUAGAUGAACAUUAUGCAACCGUUCAUUAUCACAAAUAAUAUAAAUUAAUGUGUCAUGGGAUUUAGAAUGAAUGCUCCAUCAUGUGUUAUUGGAACACUUUAUUCUUCAUUACCUUCGAUACCCCGAUCACAUACAGUUAUAAUUUUUAAGAAAACUGUAUCGGUUAAAAAAUUCUAUUGUAUAUAUUUGUAGCCUUUCAAAAUGCAUGUACAGUAGUG